UCCCCGCUGACACCGCCUCCCAGCUUCGCGGCUGCGGAGGUGUUCCCAAGACCAGUGUUUUGCUCUUCCUCGGGAGCGCGUCUCUGAGGGGAGAAAAAGACCUUCGCUUGCUGCUAGCAAGAGCGGCCCUGACGAUCGAAAGGACUCCUCCUUCCAGACUGCAGCCUGACCCUUCCUGGCCAGCGUUCCACGCUCCGGGAGAUCCGGACGGUGCCUGUCGCUCUGCGAGAAGACCCAGGUGACGCAGGUGAUGGCCGAGAUGGGUGAAGGAAGCCGGGGGUCGUCCCAGCUGUUGGAAGAGGAAGGCGUCCCUGAUGGUUCCCUGUGCGGUGGACCUGUUGCCUGGGCGGGAGAUGACGGGGGUCGUGGUUGCGCAGAGCCCAGGGUGCGGCAGCUGGAGGCGCCGCCUUCCAGUGGGGGCCUAGCCGCAGCCGCGGAGCUGGUCCCCGACAGCCUCCCGAAGACUGGUACCCAGGAAGAGGAGGAAACCCCGGAAACGUGGGGCGCAGAGAGCUCCGCGUCUGAGGUGACGGGGAAAGUGAAAGGCGAGGAAGCAGUGGAUGAAAAGUGCGCCGUCAUGUCUGUAGCGGUGAAAGAAGUAGGGUCUGAAGUAAUGAUGGAGAAAAGGAUGGAAAAGGAGGGAGUGGAGACGGCUGUAGAAGUGGAGGUGCCAUUAGGUGAAAAAAUGAAGGUGGUGGAGGAAGAUGGAAUCAAAGGAGAGGUGAAGGGCGCCGGACCCUGGGCCCUAAAUAUGGAUCUGCGCAUGGAUCCUCUGGAGGCCAUCCAGUUGGAACUGGACACUGUGAAUGCCCAGGCGGACCGGGCCUUCCGGCAGCUGGAGCAGAAGUUUGGGCGGAUGCAUCAGCACUACCUGGAGCGGAGGAACUACAUCAUCCAGAGUAUCCCAGGCUUCUGGAUGACUGCUUUUAGAAACCACCCCCAGUUGUCUGCCAUGGUUAGGGGCCAAGAUGCAGAUAUGUUAAGGUAUGUAACCAAUUUGGAGGUGAAGGAACUGAGACAUCCUACCACUGGCUGCAAGUUCAAGUUCUUCUUUAGAAGAAACCCCUACUUCAGAAAUAAGCUGAUCGUCAAGGAAUUUGAGGUCAGAUCUUCUGGGCGAAUAGUGUCUCUUUCCACUCCCAUCAUCUGGCGCAGGGGACAUGAACCCCAGACCUUCAUUCGCAGAAACCAAGACCCUAUCUGCAGCUUCUUUACCUGGUUUUCAGACCACAGUCUUCCAGAGGCUGACAGAAUUGCUGAGAUUAUCAAAGAGGAUCUGUGGCCAAAUCCGCUGCAAUACUACCUGUUGCGUGAAGGAGUUCGAAGAACCAGACGUCGACCAAUAAGAGAGCCAGUAGAGAUACCCAGGCCUUUCGGUUUCCAAUCUGGUUAACAUCUACGUUUGGAAUUCUGCACAAAGUCCCCUAUCAUCUCCUGCUGGACAUAUGCUUGGGAAAGAGCAAUGGGUAUGCUUUUUUUUUUUUUUUUUUUUUUUUUUUGUUAAACUUUCUGUACCCCUUCUUUCUUAAUAUUUAGUUCUUUAAACCUCAAGACUGAGACUGGCAUGGACAUGCUUCUUAACCAGUACUUGGCUUUCAUACUCUUCUGUGUUAAAAUCCCAUGCUCCAUGACAAUACAAACCAAUGAUGUAGGUUGCAUUACCUUGAUCUACACUGCAUGAGCCCUGUUUUUCCAACGGCCUCUGAUCUUACUACUACCACUUGGACUUCUAGUUUGUCUAGGAGCCUGUUCUGCUGUACUGCUCUGCAUCCAAUAGUUAAGGAACUGAUUCCAUGGAUAAUUAGUGUGCAUUGUCAAGGGAGAUUAACAAUGGACCACUUUUUCUGUGAUUUUUCUUUAUGACUGGUCUCUGCACCAUUGAUUACAUUGUAAUGUUGUCUGCUAUUGGCUGGGCCCACUCCUUUGAGUGUUGCCAACAGCUUUGCCUCCACAUUAACCUUUUUCUCCUAUUGAAAGAAACUUUGAAAAAGAUAAUUCAGAAAUGCUUGAAAAAGCAGGCUUUUUUUGGGGGGGUGGUAUGGGCCCUUAUUUCCAGAGUAAUCACCCAGUAAAAUAGAGACCUGGUGGUCUCAUCUCCCAGCUUUGUAAUUCCACAUAGCCUAAUAAGUGUAGUGGGCUUAAAAGGAGACAUAGUUGGAGAGAAGACAAAAAUCUACUUUAUAAUUGAUAGAACAAUUGAACAGAUCAUGAGAGUGCUCCAAGUAGGAGAAGCUGAACAAAAGACUAGAGACAGAAAUAAGUCAGGUAAAACUUGGUUUGAGAAUGAAGACUGGCCUGACAGAUUAUUUCAUCCAUAGUAAUGGAAGGAGAUACUUUCUCAGGAUUGAAAUAGAAAAGCUGCAGGGAUUUUGGAUUGUUAAAUAAGUUACGUGAAAAAGGAUUCUUUAAAGAUACAGUGCAGUUUUGAAUGUUAUGUGACAUAUAUG